GGCUCGACUGCGAGCUGACUGUGUUUUUCUACAGGAAACAAAUCAGAGAAAGGGAGUGAAAAUAGUUCAUUACCCGCCGUGUUUCCUCUCAGUUUUUCCCAGAGCCCAGUCUGUCAAGACCCGGGGAUCCACGCUAAAAACUCUUUAUUCGUGUUUUUGGAGGUGUGAGGCUCGAGACACCGCACAGAAUGACCAUUGACUGGCCCGAUCUGCUUGUGCUUCGCGGGCAUUAGGUAAGAGCACUUAUUUACAACGACCGUGGUGAAAGAAAAGCAGGAACUAUCACAACCUCCGUUGACUGGCGAAAGAAACAUCGCAGAUUUGCCUUCGAGGGACUUUUGGGUGAAAAUGAGGAAAAUAAUGGCAUUGUUGACCAUCCGGAUGCUUAUGCUGGGGUUGUGGAUAGGGGUUCAAGCUGCUGCUGUUGCUGCGGGAGCGGGACAGUCCACUCCGGCCACAUGCUCGCCUCUGUGCCGCUGUGAUGAGGACGGAGGAGCGGACUGCUCUGGACGAGGAUUGACCACCGUCCCCACCGGCCUCGGCGCUUUCACUUACUACCUGGAUAUCAGUAUGAACAACAUCACUGAGCUGCCUGCAAAUGUCUUCAGAAACCUGCCGUAUCUGGAAGAACUACGGUUGGCUGGUAAUGACCUUGCUUUCAUCCACCCUGAGGCUCUGUCUGGCCUCCAUCAGCUUAAAGUCUUGAUGCUUCAGAAUAAUCAGUUGAGGACUGUUCCCAGUGCAGCUCUCAAGAAUCUCCAUGCCCUGCAGUCUUUGCGAUUGGAUGCUAACCACAUCACGUCAGUGCCUGAGGACAGUUUUGAGGGUCUGCAGCAGCUCAGGCAUCUUUGGCUGGAUGACAACAGCCUGACUGAGGUUCCUGUCGGCCCCCUUCAGCACCAGAGCAACCUGCAGGCCCUGACGCUGGCCCUCAACCGGAUCACACAAAUCCCAGACAACGCCUUUGCCAAUCUCUCCAGCCUGGUUGUACUGCAUCUACACAACAAUCGGAUCCAGGAGAUUGGAAAGAACUGCUUUAAUGGACUGGACAACCUGGAGACAUUGGAUCUAAACUUCAACAAUCUGAAGACCUUCCCUGAGGCCAUUCAGACUCUGCCCAAGCUGAAAGAACUUGGAUUUCAUAGCAACAACAUUGCAUCCAUCCCUGAGGGAGCUUUCCAUAGGAAUUUACUGCUGCGCACAAUCCAUCUCUUUGACAACCCGCUCUCCUUUGUGGGAAUUAGUGCUUUCCAAAACCUGUCAGACCUGCACUCUCUAAUGCUGCGUGGUGCCAGUAUGAUGCAGGAUUUCCCUAGCCUGACUGGAACAGGAAAUCUGGAAAGCCUGACUUUAACAGGAACUAAAAUCCGAAGCAUACCAGCAGACCUAUGUGAGGAUUUGACUGUGCUGCGUACACUGGAUCUGUCCUACAAUGAAAUCGAAGACCUGCCGUCCUUUCAGGGCUGUGUUAGAUUGCAGGACAUAAGUCUACAGCAUAACCAAAUUCAGCAGAUAGACAGAGGUACUUUCCAGGGUAUGACCAGCCUUAGAGUGCUAGAUCUGAGCAGAAAUCGGAUCAAGUUCAUCCACAGAGAUGCCUUCCUUUCUCUCAGCGCUCUCACCAACCUGGAUCUGAGCCUGAACUCCCUAGCCAGCAUUCCCACAGAAGGACUGAGUGCACUGAACCAGCUCAAACUGAAUGGAAAUGUGGAACUGAGAAACAGCCUGAUGGCUAAGAGUCUUUCUAAACUCCGGUCUAUAACGGUUCCCUAUGCUUACCAGUGUUGUGCUUUUGUGGCUUGUGACAGUGCAGGUAACCCAGCUGAGGAAGACGAGAGGAGAAGUGCAUUUGGUGGUGAGGAGGACAUGGAAAGGAUUCCUCUGGUCAUGCACUGCUCACCCUCACCGGGAGCAUUUAAACCCUGUGAGCACUUGUUGGGCAGCUGGAUGAUCAGAUUGACCGUGUGGUUCAUCUGCCUUGUGGCUCUGCUCUUCAACUGCCUGGUCCUUGCAGUCACCUUCUCCCCACGCACCUCACCUCUCUCCCCAGCCCGCCUCCUGGUGGUUCUACUGGCCUCCGCCAACCUGCUCACGGGAGUCUACGUGGCAGCGCUGACGCUCCUGGAUGCUGCCACCUGGGGCUCAUUUGCAGAGUACGGUGUGUGGUGGGAAACAGGCACCGGGUGUCAGUUGCUGGGCUUCCUCGCUGUGUUUUCCUCUGAGUGGGCCGUGCUGCUGCUAGCCUUAGCUGCGGUGGAGCGUUGCUUGGCUGUGAGGGCUCUAAUGGGGAAAGCUGGCGCACUGAGGUCCAGUGGUGAAAGGAGGGAAGGACGAAGGAGGUUCGGUAUUACUGCGCUGCUGCUGGGAUUAGUAGCUGUUGCGGCGGCCUGCCUCAGUUUGUAUCAUGGAUCAACUAUGGGCUCUCCUCUCUGUCUGCCCUUCUCUGGAGGUCCUGGACCAGAGCUGGGCUUCACAGUAGCACUGGUGCUGAUGAAUACACUAGCUUACUUGCUGAGCGCAGUGGUCUAUACGCGGCUGUACUGCAGGCUAGGUCGGGCCCAGCUGGCUGAACCUGAGCAGGCUGGGUCUGUGCGUCAUAUCGCCUGGCUCAUCUUCACCAAUUGCAUCUUCUUCUGCCCAGUGGCCGCUUUCUCCUUUGCUCCCCUGCUGGCCGGGACCAGUAAUGCAGUGGGUGGACCGGAGAUGGCCAAAUCAGUCACACUCAUAUUCUUUCCUCUUUCUGCCUGCUUGAACCCAGUGCUGUAUGUCUGCUUCAGUCCCUCCUUUCGAUAUGACUGGCUCCGCCUUGGGGGACGAGGAAGGGGCAGAGGUUGCUGUGGGCGAGUUGGUAAAGCGGUUACCAAAGGGACGGUAGCAGGGGGCUCUGCGGUGUCUGAUGACGGCGAAGGCUUGUCCAGCGAGCUUGGUUACGACUGCGGAAUGUACACAAAGCUCCAUGGCGACAACAGGGGAAUUUGUGAAUGCUGUGAUGCCGUCCUUCACGUCAGGACAUCUUCCUCCACCUCUUCCUCCUCUUCCUCAGCCUGUAGACAUUUAGUGAAGUCUCACAGCUGUCCUGCCCUGAUGGCAAACACACCCCAGUGCCUGAGCUCAGAGAGGUACUGGGCCGACACCGGGACGCUUUCUGCACAGUCGGAAUAUGGAGACGAGGGCGAUUCGUUUGUGUCGGACAGUUCAGAGCAGGUGCAAGCGUGCGGACGAGCCUGUUUCUGUCAGAGCCACGGCCUUCCUUUAGUACACUACUCUUACAACAUCCCCCGCAUGACAGACUGAGCUCACAACCCCAAACACUCACACACUCACUUCCUCACAGAGUCCUCCCGGGUGUGGAGUGUCCCUGCUCAGCAAGGACAUAGAACAGGGCUCUAUACGUGGCUGCAGCCAUGGAGACGCAAACAGACAGAAGCACUUUCUCUCUUUUCACACUUGCGUGUGUGUGUGCACAUUUAUGUGCAGGUGUGAGUGUAUUUGUGUGUAUGGAAUAUGAUAGUGUGAAUAUAGACUAAAUCCUUUAUCCAUGAAAAGGGAAUUUGGCAAUACAGAAAGACUCUCUGAGCCAAAUGUUGUCAGCGAACAACAACUCUUGUUUUCUUUGUUUCUUGUACCCCUCAGCCAAAUCCAAUUACGUUGUCAACCAGGGCUGAUUGACAGUUGAUGGACACCGUGAUCUUAUCUCCCAGUGCCUGCAUUUCAGUUUGGUAGAGAAUAUUCAUUUUCUCUAUUAUUCUGUUUUUUUUUUCAUGGGGCAUUUAAAAAAAAAAAAGGGUUCCCCUUUGUUCUUUUAACAUCUGUCCUUUUGAUUUUAUAGCAGGGAUAUAUGUGCCAUUUUACAUGUGAGAAAUGUGUGUUAGACUUGUGAUUUGUCUUUGUUGUCUUUUUUUUCUUAUUCAUUGUCAUGUUCAUCAUAAAGCCUGACAAUGGUAGAGGAUUCCGUUUUAUGUAGCAACGUUCCUCCUUAUACUGGAGUUCCAUUAUGCCAAUGAGAAUGUAAUGUAGAAACACCGCACAUUUCUGUUCACAAUGUCUUGUGUUCCCUUGUGUUUUCUUGUAGUUAAUGAUGGCUGUUAGAUUUGAAAAACAUUCAUUCCUUUUAUGUAUUUUUCUGAGAGUAAUCCUAAAAUCACAGUCCUCCUUUAGCUGCCAGAGUAAGCCAGCCAUGCUAUGCCAAUAAUCUGCUAUCAAGUAUUAUGGAAAGAAAUCACAUUUAAUUUAUAUUUUACAAUGCCAAUGGAUGUCUUGACCAGAGCUCUUUCUUAAUCACUAGUACAUUUCUACUAAUUUAUUUUAAGACAUAAUGCUUUGAUGAUUGAAUGAAUGAAAGAAUGAUCUGCAAACUACACUUUUAUUUAUCAAUUAUUCCAGACCAGACAGACUAGAUCGUUUCAAUAUAUAUUUUGUACACUUGGUAGAGAAAAAAAAAUAAAGAAGCUUCUCAUUUCAGAUCAGGUCAGUCAUCUAGGGUCUGUCCAGAUAAUCUCUCUACUUGAAAGAUGAAAGACAAAAUCUGACAUUUAUCAUGCUUUGUACCAAGGUCUGCAAUGUUCUAAAGCUGCCUUUGUGAAAAGUCAAUUUCCUCUCAACUUUGCAUUCAAACAGUAGCAUUUAUGUUUGAUCAGCGAUAUUUUAUUUUCAUGUUGAAGUUGCCACUAAGCUAUGUAAGGUGGGGUGGAGAAGAGGAUGAAAGGGAUAGUUCACCCAAAAAUGAAAAUUUUCAUCAUUUACUCACCCUCAUGCCAUCCCAGAUGUGUAUGACUUUCUUUCUUCUGCUAAACACAAACUAAGAUUUUUAGAAGAAUGUCUCAGCUCUGUAGAUACAUACAAUGCAAGUGGAAUGGUGGCCAGAACUUUGAAUGUCCAAAAAGCACAUAAUGAUAGCAUAAAAGUAAUGCAAGGUGUGGAUCAGAAACAGAUCAAUAUUUAAGCCCUUUUUAAUAUAAAUCUCCACAUUCACUUUUACUUCCACAUUCUUCUUUUGUUUGCGAUUUGCAUUCUUUGUGCAUAUCACCACCUACUGGACAAGAGGAGAAUUUAUAGGAAAAAGGGACUUAAAUAUUUAUCUUUUUCUGACCCACACUUUUCAUAUCACUUCAGAAGAUAUGGAUUUAACCACUGUUGUCGUAUGGAUUACUUUUAUACUGACUUUGUGUUUUUUGGGCCUUAAGAGUUCUGGCCACCAUUCACUUGCAUUGUAUGGACCUACAGAGCUGAAAUAUUCUUCUAAAAAUCUUCGUUUAUGUUCUGCAAAAGAAAGAAAGUCAUACACAUCUGGGAUGGCAUGAGGGUGAGUAAAUGAUGAGAGAAUUUUCAUUUUUGGGUGAACCAUCCCUUUAAAGGUGCAGUAAGUGAUUUUUCAUGGAAAAGUAUUCAAAAAAAUGGUCCUACUCCCUGAAAAAUAUUAAUGAAAUAAGUGUAGUAUAAUAUCUCAACAGUCUCUGUGACAGCUGUAGAGUUUGUAAACGGCAAACAAAAAAUGUGUCCGCAGACCUUGGACAUUGACGCUUUUCACCUGUCAAUAAUUUUGCUCGUUCUCAUUUGAAGGGGAUCAUUGAGGCUAUGAUUCAUAAUGUUUGUCAGUUGAGGGCGCAAUUGUGCCAUUGUUGAAUUUGACAGCCACAGGAACAAACAAUGCUGCUGUUUUGCUUGGUUUGGUCUCAAAAUUAUCUUUAAAGGGCGGGGUUUUGGAAUGAGGGGGCGUGGCUAAUUUAAUGGCUCAGUCACCUGAAAGCUUCAGAAUGCUAAAAUCGCUUACAGCACCUUUAAAUAUGUUUUUGAGUUCAGACAUAUAGAACAUUUGAUUAUCAUGAUUCCAUUGUACACCUAUGUCCAUGUAUGUUCAGGAAUAAUUUAAGGUAAGGAAAUGUUAUAUGUGUGUUAAUUUGCCUUUGAUACAGUAUAUCAACACCUUCCUUUGGUCUUCUUUUAUGUUUUAAACUUGACAAGUUUAAAGAAGUCUUGCUGGUCGUAGCUAUAAGAGCCGACACAAUUCCAAAUCAUUAUGUGUCUAUGCAUGUAUGUGCGCAAGUUUGUGUGUUUGUAUGGUUAGUUGUGUAUGCCUAUGUACUUGUGUGACAGUAAGAGAUGUAGUGUCAGUAUGUUGUGAAUUAUUAUUUUAGGACACAAUCUAAUCAAAAAAUGGGAUGCAUCAUCUAACCAUGGAAGCUACCUCUUUAACCGUAGUGGCUGCCAGUAGUGAGUAGUACAUGUGGCCACGUUUGAUUGCUUGCGCUGUAAAUAUAUGUUGUUGUACAUUCUUACUGAAUGAGUCGCACAUUAGUUUAUACUGGGAGAAAAUGACAUACUGUAUACAGAAAUUUUUGUAAACCAAACUAUAUAAACUGAUUUGCUUUAAA